GAAAACCACUACCUAGCACUUGUGCAUUUGUACGGAAACACACCAAAUACCUCUCUCAUAUAGCAAUUGCUGGCUCAAUUCGACAGAGUAUGUGAUUAUUUUUUACUGGAGAUUCAUUGACCUUUUUUGACGCUUCUCCAUCCUCGCUUUCUGUGCAUUAGUCCAUGCAACAAGGAACGCCCCAGUCAGCACCUUCAGGAAUUCCUCAUGACAUUACUUCUCCGCCUUCUCCUCCUGGUCGAUUUCAGGCAUUCUUAAGCGACAAUUCGAUCUUUAGUGCUGGACUAGGGUUAAUGAGUUUAGGAGCGGGUCUCGCCAUCCUUAGACGAUCAAUUGUAGCAGGAGCAUCGGCGAUGAAGCGUCGAAUGCUUGUCAGCUUAGAAAUACCAAGCAAAGACAGAAGCUAUGCCGCUUUUUUGCGAUGGAUGGCCAAUGUUCCGCGUCGUUACUCACACAAUUUGGCUGUCGAGACAAGCGCGGCGUCCUUGGACACGGUGCAGGCAGCAGGAAGUGCUAAAAACAAAGCCAAUCGAUUGUUUGGGAUUGUUCCUGGUCCCGGCAGGCAUUACAUUAAGUACCAGGGCUGUUGGAUUCAGAUUGAACGACAGCGCAGUGGUCGACUGCAGGACUUGACGACAGGAACGCCUUGGGAAACUGUUACGCUUACAACGCUCAACCGCGAUCGAGGCGUAUUUUCACAACUUCUCGCUGAAGCCCAAGCGUACACGCAGAGUGCGAAGGCCAAUAAAACCAUCAUCUACACAGCCUUUGCGGCCGAAUGGCGGCCUUUUGGACGGCCAAGGUCGAAGCGACUUCUCUCCACCGUUGUGCUAGACACAGGCGUGAAAGAAAAGCUUGUAGCCGACCUGCGGGAAUUCCUGCAAAACUCGAAAUGGUAUGCAGAGCGCGGAAUUCCAUAUAGGCGUGGCUAUUUGCUGUAUGGACCUCCUGGCAGUGGGAAGACUUCGUUCCUUUUCGCUUUGGCCGGCGAAUUGGACUAUGAUAUUUGUGUGAUCAACCUCGCAGAACGUGGCCUGAGCGAUGACCGACUGAACCAUCUUCUCUCCAACCUUCCUCCGCGUUCGGUCGUACUCCUGGAGGACGUGGACUCGGCGUUCGGAGGACGAAAAAUCACAGACGAGAUGGGAUUUCAGUCGGCUGUCACCUUUAGCGGAUUACUAAACGCCCUCGACGGGGUUGCUUCUUCGGAAGAACGGAUUGUAUUCAUGACUACAAACCACCCUGAACGACUCGACGCCGCCCUCAUCCGUCCGGGACGCGUUGACUAUAAGGCAUAUUUUGGAAAUGCCUCUCCGAAACAAGUCCGUGAGUUAUUUUCGCGUUUCUAUCGCGCAGACAAGAAGCUUGCCGAUGAGCUUUGUGCAUUAGUGUGUCCCAAACAAGUUAGCAUGGCAUACUUGCAAGAGAUAUUUGUCGCCAACAAGUCAAGUCCAGAAGCAGCACUGGCGAUGGCCAAACAACGUUUACAAACUUCUCAGAAAAGCAGCAGUUGAAUGCGAUGAAUCAUUACUAUUGUUCGUUCUGCAAGUUACGACUGAUCCGCACGGAAACUUUACUACAGUUGAAAGCUCUGCUCGAAGUUUUCCCUUGAGCUCUGUCUUAUUCAAUCUUACUAUUCUCGAGUCGUUCCUAUCGUAUCUUCUUCGCUUAACUCCCUGCUCCCCCCCUCCUGUAUCCCUUCAUUUUGGUGUUCAGGUUUUCGACUUUCUGACACACUACGAAAUUAGGUUGCGCGUGUACUUGUCGCACUCAAACCUUUUUUCUUGUC